AUGGAUGAAAACAAUCAUAGGAAGAAACGCUGGGGGCGGCCGAAACCAAGCCACUCCGACCAUCAUUUGGUAGAGACGACAGCCAGUCCCGAUCCGUCCUCUCUCUCGCCUUCGAGGAAUGGGUCUCAUGAAAGACGUUCAGGGUCAGUUUUUAAGCUCUUUGGCAAGGUGGCCAAGCGCUUCGCUCGCAGCAUUCGACAACCCCCAACCCCUGAACACACCGUUGCAAGUUCCAGCCUGCAGGACACCCAGCCUUCAACUAGGGAUCUCACCCCUCCCACUCUCGAACCAGAUUGCGAGCAGUCUUCCCAUUCAGGGAUCGUAGAAGCCAAACAUCUUGACCCGAAAUGUGUGAACGAAAGAAUCGCCAAUGCUAACAAAGGUCUCGCAGGCGCCAGCCACGUCCCAACAAUACUCCAAGAUACUUCUUCCACGACUAACAACCUACCAUCUGUUUCUGAUGCAAUCGAUACGUUCUCCGUGUUGCUCAAACCCUUGAAGGCAUUCAACUCCAUCGCCAACGCGAUUGCAGAUGUACAAACUAUCUAUCUCUCCACUGUCCAUCCCUACGCGAAGGUGGCGCUGAGCAUCUUCACUUGCGCAUCCAAGGUUGACAAAGUUUCGAUGACAGAUGAUUCUCGAUCAGGCAGGCCGCGAUGUCGCUGUUUCUCUUCUGCUCUCAAAGAUAUCUGA